AUGGCUCAUGCAGUGGUUCGCACAACUAAAGCGACUGCAUGUGGAGUAGUAGUAGUCGCCAUAGUUGUCAAUAAUGAGGAUUUAUUGGUGGCGAUCAAGGUUUAUUGGUCUAGGUCGGUUGGCAUUUUGGGCAGAGAGCGAUGGGGAGGAAUAGUGAGUCGGUGGAGGUCGACAAAGGAUGUAUCGGUAGCUAGUUUUAGUGGUCGUCGGCGUUUUAUGAAGGCUAGUGAGGGUUGUGUCAAUGGCUAUGAUUUGAGAAGGACGACGACCAUGAAGCCAUUCAUCGACGGAGGUUUUAUGGUACGCAUGAUUGCACUCUGGGAGCACCCGACAGUCGUCUCCCUCAACGAACUGUUCCAAGCACACAGCACAAAUACUGUCACCCGAGUUCUUAAGGAUGGAAUGACAUUGGAGGAGGCGGAGGAGCAGUCUGUGAAGUUGGUCAGGAGCGGAGAAACCCAAAACAAAAGAGAUCAGUUGCUUGCCCUAGCUAGGACCGAGAAAUUUUAA